ACUGGUUCAACUGGUUCAUUUUUGCUGCCUCCAUUUCAGAGUCUGUUUUCUUUAGACUUCGUCUGUUCUCUGCUUUGCCUAAAGACACCCUCCAGGUCUGUGAGCUGAUGUGAAGUGAGCAGUAUGGAUCAUUGUGAGGACACAAAGGACAGCGUCUCUCCCUCUAAAACCACUCUGUGUGGAGAACAUGAAGACCAGAGCAAAGCUCAGAGGAAACAACCAGAACCUGAACCAGAACCCAGCUGUGUGUCUUUAAAGACCAACAUGUCAAAAGGUGUCGGCAUUGAUUUUAAAUCAGACCAACCGUCAUCAUCAAACAGGGUGGACCAGCAGAACUCAGAGGUUCCCAGUGGUCCAUCUGCCCAGCAGCAUCAAACCCAGCUGGACUCCAUAUUUAUGCUGCUGGAGGAAAACAUUGUUAGUUUUGUGAAGAAUGAGCUGAAGAAGAUACAGAAGGUUCUGAGUCCAGAUGAUACAAAAGGUCAAAGGGAGGUUGAGGAGGUGUUGGAAGGUGAGGAUGAAGAGGAGAAAAGGAGCAGAGAGGCCUUUGUUAAGAUCACCAUGAACUUCCUGAGGAGGAUAAAGCAGGAUGUGCUGGCUGAACGUCUGCAGAGUAGAUAUUGUUCCGAAGUUUGUCAACAUAACCUUAAAUCAAGUCAGAGGUUCCAGUCUGUGUUUGAGGGGAUCACUAAACCAGGAAGUCCAACCCUUCUGAACCAGAUUUAUACAGAGCUCUACAUCACAGAGGGAGGGACUGGGGGGGUCAAUGAUGAACAUGAGGUCAGACAGAUUGAAACAGCAUCCAGGAAAACUCACAGACCGGAAACAACAAUCAGACAAGAAGACAUCUUUAAAGUCCCACCUGGAAGAGAUCAACCAAUCAGAACAGUGAUGACAAAGGGAGUGGCUGGCAUUGGGAAAACAGUCUUAACACAGAAGUUCACUCUGGACUGGGCUGAAGGCAAAGCCCAUCAGAACAUCCAGUUCAUAUUUCCAUUAACCUUCAGAGAGCUGAAUGUGCUGAAAGAAAAAAAGUUCAGCUUGGUGGAACUUGUUCAUCACUUUUUCACUGAAACCAAAGGAAUCUGCAGCUUUGAUCACUUCCAGGUUCUGUUCAUCUUUGAUGGUCUGGAUGAGAGUCGACUUCCUCUGGACUUCCAGAACAAGGAGAUCCUGUCUGAUAUUAGAGAGUCCACCUCAGUGGAUGUUCUGCUGAUAAACCUCAUCAGGGGGAAACUGCUUCCCUCUGCUCUCCUCUGGAUAACCACACGACCUGCAGCAGCCAAUCAGAUCCCUCCUGACUGUGUUGGCAUGGUGACAGAGGUCAGAGGGUUCAGUGACCCACAGAAGGAGGAGUACUUCAGAAAGAGAUUCAGAGAUGAAAAGCAGGCCAUCAGGAUAAUCUCCCAUAUUAAUAGAUCUAGAAGCAUUCAGAUAAUGUGCCACGUUCCAGUCUUCUGCUGGAUCACUGCUACGGUUCUGGAGGGAGUAUUGGAGACCAGAGAGGGAGGAGAGCUGCCCAACACCCUGACUGAGAUGUACAUCCACUUCCUGGUGGUUCAGACCAAAGCGAAGAAGAUCAAGUAUGAUGGAGGAGCUGAAACAGAUCCACACUGGACUCCAGAGAGCAGGAUGAUGAUUGAGUCUCUUGGAAAACUGGCUUUUGAUCAGCUGCAGAAAGGAAACUUGAUUUUCUAUGAAUCAGACCUGAAAGAGUGUGGCAUUGAUAUCAGAGCUGCCUCAGUUUACUCAGGAGUGUUCACAGAGAUCUUUAAAGAGGAGAGAGGGCUGUACCAGAACCAGGACAAGGUGUUCUGCUUCAUCCAUUUGAGUGUUCAAGAGUUUCUGGCUGCUCUUCAUGUUCAUCUGACCUUCAUCAAGGAUGGAGUCAAUCUGAUGGGGGAACAAAAAAACAUAUCUGUUAGGGCUAAAUUAGCUAAGAAAUCGAAACUAAGUAAUCUCCAUUACAGUGCUGUUAACAAGGCCUUACAGAGUCUCAAUGGACACCUGGACCUGUUCCUCCGUUUCCUACUGGGUCUUUCACUGCAGACAAAUCAGACUCUCCUACAAGGUCUGAUGACAAAGACAGAAAUUUGUCCACUGACCAAUCAGGAAACAGUUCAGUACAUCAAGAAGAAGAUCAAUAAAAAUCUGUCUGCAGAGAAAAGCAUCAACCUGUUCCACUGUCUGAAUGAACUGAAUGAUCGUUCUCUGGUCCAGAAGAUCCAACAGUCUCUCAGAUCAGGAAGUCUCUCCAUAGAUAAACUGUCUUCUGCUCAGUGGUCAACUCUGGCCUUCAUCUUAGUGACAUCAGGAGAAGAUCUGGAUGUGUUUGACCUAAAUAAAUACUCUGCUUCAGAGGAGGCUCUUCUCAGGCUGCUGCCAGUGGUCAAAGCUUCAACCAAAGUUCUACUGAAUAGCUGUAACCUCUCAGAGAGAAGCUGUGAUGUUCUGGCCUCAGUUCUCAGCUCCCAGUCCUCUAAUCUGAGAGAGAUUGACCUGAGUAACAACAAGCUGAAAGAUUCUGGAGUGGAGCUACUGUCUUCUGGACUGAAGAGUCCAAACUGCAAACUGGAAAGUCUCAGAUUGAGGAACUGCAGUUUGUCGGAGAUUAGCUGUGCUUCUCUGGUCUCAGCUCUAAAGUCCAACCCCUCCCAUCUAACAGAACUGGACCUGAGCAACAACACCACCCUGAAAGAUAGCUGAGUGAAGCAGCUCUGUGGUUUUUUCCAGUCUCCCCUUUGCAAACUACAGACAUUGAGAUUGAGGAGCUGCAAUUUGUCAGAGAUCAGCUGUGCUUCAUUGGACUUAGCUCUGAAGUCCAACCCUUCCCAUCUGACAGAACUGGAUCUGAGCAACAACAAAGACCUGAAAGAUGGUGGAGUGAAGCAGCUCCGUGGCUUUCUCCAGUCUCCCCUCUGCAAACUACAGUCAUUGAGAUUGAUUCACUGCAGUUUAUCAGAGAUCAGCUGUGCUUCUCUGGUCUCAGCUCUGAAUUCCAACCCCUCAAACCUGACAGAACUGGACCUGAGCGGCAACUACGACCUGAAAGAUGGUGGAGUGAAGCAGCUCUGUUGUUUUCUCCAGUCUCCCCUCUGCAAACUACAAAAAUUGAGAUUGGAUAUCUGCAGUUUGUCAGAGAUCAGCUGUGCUUCUCUGGUCUCAGCUCUGAAGUCCAACCCCUCCCAUCUGACAGAACUGGAUCUGGGCGAGAACAUCAACCUGAAAGAUCGUGGAGUGAAGCAGCUCUGCAAUUUUCUCCAGUCCCCUCUCUGCAAACUACAGACUUUGAGAUUGGAUCUCUGCAGUUUGUCAGAGAUCAGCUGUCCUUCUCUGGUCUCAGCUCUGAAGUCCAACCCCUCGCAUCUGAUAGAACUGGACCUGAGCAACAACAAAGACCUGAAAGAUCGAGGAGUGAAGCAGCUCUGUGGUUUUCUCCAGUCUCCCCUCUGCAAACUACAGACAUUGAGAUUGAUUGGCUGUGGUUUGUCAGAGAUCAGCUGUGCUUCUCUGGUCUCAGCUCUGAAGUCAAACUCCUUCCGUCUGACAGAAUUGGACCUCAGGAACAACAACCUGCAGGAGUCAGAUGUUCAGCAGCUGCAGGAUCUUGUAAAGGGUCCAGACUACAAACUGAAGAAUCUGAAGUGGGGGUCCCGAUCUUAGUGGAGGAGAGAAGCUGAUUUGUGUCCUGAUUAUCCUCAGAGGUUGAAGCUGGAGUGGUUUGAGUUUAAAGAGUUUAAAGAGACUCUGACUGGAUCCUAAAGAUUAACUCUAAGAUUUGUUUGUUUUCAGUCCUUCUUUUUCUUUGUUUUCAUGAUCGCCAUAAUAUCAUGUUGAUAUUUUUUUCUCUACAAAUUAAAAUUGACGAUAAAAUUAUCUAUAACAUGUGAAAAUAUGAAUUUAAAAAAGAAUCCUUAACAGUUUUAACAAACUUUGUUUUCCCAAAUAUUUUUAUUAAAUUUUAACACACAGAAGGAUAGUACAGCACAGUAUAUAAAAAAGUUAAGACAUACACCAAAUUAAGAUUACAACAAUAUAACAGAAGAAUAAAACAUAUAAAUAAUAAAAAUGAAAUGCUUCUCAGUUGAUAUCAGUAUCGCUUAUACUUGACAUCUCAUUACCUCCACCCUCUUUCAAAAAGGAUAAGAAUGGGUAAGGUUUUUACAAACUUUACUUUUAAAUUUGGCAGAUACUGUUGUAAACCUCAGAAAGAUCUUUCUCUGUGAUUUAGUAUUCUCACUUAACUUCCUGGAUCAGAUCUGAAAAGCUACUCUGUUUUUCUGAUUCUCAGAGAGCUGCAGCAGUUUCAGAUGCUGAGAUAUUUUUUCUUUGGGUGUUUCCUUUAUUUCUCACCAUUUAUUAUGUCUCCAUGUUCAGCUGCUGAAACUUAGAUCCUGCUGAAAAUCUUUCUUGAUCCUGCUGAUGAACCACCACAGUGGCUCAUUGUUAGCAGGUUAGCUAAAGCUGGUGUGGAGCGAUCCAGGACCUCAGAUGGGCUCAGGAAGCCCUUCCAGUCCGGCUCCAGCAGGGUGGAGGAGGGCUGCUGUCAUUAAAGAGGAGCUGCUUGGACUGAAAAUAGAGUCCAAGGCUGAAUCCCAUCAUUUGGCCUUAACUCUUCCUCACCAACCCUAAGCGAGUGAGCUGUUGGGGGUCCUGGUUGUUCUGAGGAUUUGUAGGGGUGUUACCCAUUGGUCCUGGGACAGGGAUUCUGUUUAGGAAACUGUUUGGAAGCAAAAAAGUUAGAGCUGAGAUUGGAAAUGUUUGUUUUCUCACUUCCAAUGUUUUAAUGACACAAUAACCAAUUAUGGUGUCUAAUUCAAAAUAUUCUGAUAUCUCAUGUUGUUUUCAAUUGUUAAUUAUUUUAAUCCAGUUUAAAGACAGCAAAAAUAGAAUAUUUCAUCAAAUAUUUUACACCACUAGUUACUAUCCUAUUGUCCUGGAGGGUAGCAGCUGAUCUGGAUCAGUGAUCAUCUGGACAAUUGUCUAGUUUCCAUUCUGGUGUGAAGCUCAUAAAUUGCUCAUUAUUCUAUGUUAAGUGUGAGUUUGUGUGUGAACGGUUGUGUGUCUCUGUGUUGCCAUGGACGACCUGUCCAGGAUGUAUGGAUCCUAUUAAAUGGAAAACCUCAAAUAAGAAAAUCUCAUAAAAAUACUGCUUGAACUAUUUAAGCUUGUUUUAUUGUAACCUGUAAUAAUGUUCAGCACUUUGCUACAAAAUGUUUUGUUCCUCAACAGCCCGAAAAAUGCAUGUCUAAUUAAGAAAACAUAGAUUAAAGAGCUGAAUGGAAAUCA